AUGGCAACCCUCGACCUCAAUAAUGUCACAACCUUUAUCCAGCUCCGGCCGUUAGCCAUCGGCGGUGCCUUGGUCAUGGGGCUCCUUUAUGUGAUAUAUCUGCGUGCGCUGCCCAAACCGCUGCCAGGCAUCCCUUACGAUGUGGAAUCCUCGCGUCGUCUCCUAGGGGAUCUUCCUCAUUUCUUUGCCCUAGAAAAAUCAGGACGGCGCAUUAUGGAGUUCUGGGCAGAUGUUGCACGCCGUCAGCGGUCGCCCAUUACGCAGUACUUCGCGGGGCCCUUCACCAAGCCUGUAGUAAUCAUUUCAGAUUUCCGCGAGACUAAAGACUUGUUGAUGCGCCGUGCAAAACUGCUGGAUCAUGGCUCGCUGAAUACCGGAUUAUGGUUUGGAGCCAUUCCUCAUCACUUUGUGGGUAUGCCGUCUAGCGACCCGCGAUAUCCAAAGGCGAAGAGUUUGUCCAAUGAUUUAAUGACGCCAAGUUUCCUUCACAAUGUAUCUCUCCCAGCCUCCUAUCAGAAGACCUUGAACUUUGUCAAUCUAUGGCAGCUCAAGGCGCGCAUCGCCAACGAGCAGCCGUUUACCGCGCUGGAAGACUUCAACUUCCUCACAGGAGACAUUAUAUGUGCCGCCGCUCUAGGCAUCCUCGAUGAAGAAAGUGACACGGUCAAGCACUACAACCGUCUUAAAACAAACAACCUUUCUACCGGACACCCUACUAAAUCAAAUCAAGUCUAUCCCUUCCCCGAGUACAAGGCCACAGGCAUUCUCGAAGCAACGCAUACCAUCGCCGACAGCAUCACAGGCGCUCGUACUGCGUCCAUGCCAAAACUGUACUGGUUUUUCACCAACCUGCGCCCAUCUGUAAGCAAAGCUCAGAAGGAACGCACUCGCAUCCUUCAAACAUAUAUCGAUCGUGCCCGCGACACCGUCGCCAAGAGCGGGCUCUCAACAUCCUAUCGCGCGGCCGUCGACUAUAUUGUUUCUCGUGAGAUCGCUGCUGCUAAGAAAGAAAGCCGCCUGCCAGCGCUGUCAUCACCGGAGAUCCAUGACUCGCUGUUCGGAUAUGUGCUGGGGGGACAGAGUACCACGCACAGCGUGCUGUCAUUCAUGAUCCGCCGAAUGGCUGUGCGCCAGGAUGUUCAAACAAAGCUGCGUAAAGAGUUGUACACACUGUAUUCCUCUGCUGCAUCUGAAAAGCGCAAUCCCACUAUCCAUGAGUUCCUGGCCAUGCAUGCGCCAUACCUAGAUGCCGUGAUUGAGGAGACCAUGCGGCUGAACAGCACAGCACCCGUGCUCAUCCGUGAGGCCAUGGAAGAUCUGGAUUUCCUGGGACGCACCAUCCCCAAAGGCACGAACAUCUUCUGCACUCUAUGGGGUCCCUCGUAUGAUGAGCCAGCCAUCGAGGUGGAUGAGGAGGUACGCAGUAAGUCGUCGCAAGCGCACAAAGAAGAGACACCCGUCGAUUGGACACAUAGUGGGUUCCCGCCCGCCGACUUCCAUCCGGAGCGUUGGCUACGAAAGGAUGGUAAAGGAAAUACAGUGUUUGAUAUCAAGAAUGGGCCCACCCUGGGCUUCGGCGCAGGCCCGCGUGAGUGUUGGGGAAAGAGGUUGGCGUACCAUGAGCUGAAGCUGAUUACCACGCUUCUGCUGUGGAAUUUCGACUUCUUGCCACUGCCAGCAGAUCUAGUGGACACGGAUGUUGUGGACUUUUUCGUUGCUAAGCCGAAGAGUUGCUUUGUGCGGCUGCGAAGCCGAGUACCAGAGGUGCAAAAGAAGUAG